CUUUUAUCCUUCCUGGUCCUGGUCCUGAAUAAAUAUUCAAUCAAGUCUUUAAACUGUUGAGAAGAAAUGAAUUGGAGAAGCAGGGAGACCAAAUGAGACCAGAGCCUUCAUCCACACGUCUUUUUUUUUUUUUUUUUUUAUAAAGAGAAUUCCUAAGUCUCAUUGUCCACACAUCUUGGUUUCCUCUAUGAUGGGGUCUUCCUCCUCCCCCAAAUCACUGACUGUCCUGUCUUCCAGGUGGAGGCCACAAGCAAGAAAGAAAAGGCCAAGCAGAGGCCUCUGGCCCUCAACACCGUGGAGAUGUUGCGUGUGGCCAGCUCUUCUCUGGGCAUGGGACCACAGCACGCCAUGCAGACAGCCGAGCGGCUCUACACGCAAGGCUACAUCAGCUACCCACGGACAGAGACCACCCACUACCCUGAGAACUUUGACCUGAAGGGCGCUCUGCGGCAGCAGGCCAACCACCCCUAUUGGGCCGACAUGGUGAAGCGGUUGUUAGCAGAAGGCAUCAACCGCCCACGGAAAGGCCACGAUGCCGGCGACCAUCCCCCCAUCACCCCCAUGAGGUCUGCCACAGAAGCCGAAUUAGGGGGUGACGCAUGGCGGCUCUAUGAGUACAUCACCAGACACUUCAUCGCCACAGUCAGCCAUGACUGCAAGUACCUGCAGAGCACCAUCUCCUUCAGGAUCGGGCCCGAGCUCUUCACCUGCUCCGGGAAGACCGUCCUCUCACCAGGCUUCACGGAGAUCAUGCCCUGGCAGAGCGUGCCCCUGGAGGAGAGCCUGCCCACCUGCCAGCGGGGCGACACCUUCACUGUGAGUGAGGUAAAGAUGCUGGAGAAGCAGACGAGCCCACCCGACUACCUGACGGAGGCUGAGCUCAUCACGCUCAUGGAGAAGCACGGCAUUGGCACAGAUGCCAGCAUCCCUGUGCAUAUCAACAACAUCUGCCAGCGCCACUAUGUCACUGUGGAGACCGGGCGCCGGCUCAAACCCACCAACCUCGGCAUCGUCCUGGUGCACGGCUACUACAAGAUUGAUGCAGAGCUGGUGCUCCCCACCAUCCGCAGUGCAGUGGAGAAGCAGCUGAACCUGAUUGCCCAGGGCAAGGCCGACUACCGCCAGGUCCUGGGCCACACCCUGGACGUGUUCAAGAGGAAGUUCCACUACUUUGUCGACUCCAUUGCUGGCAUGGAUGAGUUAAUGGAGGUGUCUUUCUCACCCCUGGCGGCCACAG